ACGCCCCUCGUCUAUUCCCCCCUUCAAAUUUGGGUUGAGGCCGCGUUCUCCCGACGCUCUCAGAUCCCUGACUUCGCCUUCCCUUCGAGCCCUAAUCUUGAUCCAAGCCCUAACUCCCGUGAUCGUAGAUGGGGAGGACCAUGGCGUCGAAGAAGAGGAAGGCUUCGGCAGCCGUCGCAAGGGAGGAAGAGGCCAGCACCAGCGGCGGUAGCAAGUCGCCGGAGGAGCUCCAGAAGGAGUCGAACAAGGGCGCCGCCAGAGGGAAGCGGGUCAAGGCGGCGAAGCCCAAGCCGGAGCCCGAGUACUUCCCUGAGAAACGGAACAUGGAAGAUCUUUGGCAAGCGGCUUUCCCAGUUGGGACUGAGUGGGAUAACAUGGAUAAAAUUGGUGAGAUAAAUUGGAGCUUUUCCAAUUUAGAGAAUGCGGUUGAGGAGGGAGGUGAGCUGCAUGGGAAGACAGUUUACAUAUUUGGCAGCACUGAAGCUCAAAUGUUGGCUGUAAAUGGUGAAGAGAAAGUUGUGCUUAUCCCUGUUGUUGUGGCUGUGGUUUCUCCAAUUCCACCAUCUGAUAAAAUUGGUGUAAAAUCUGUCCAAAGGGAAAAAGAAGACAUAAUACCCAUGAAGGCAAUGAAAAUGGCAUGGGUUCCAUACAUUCCACUUGAAGAUCGUCAAAGUCAAGUUGAUAGGCUGAAGACUCAAAUAUUUACAAUUGGCUGCACACAGAGAAGAUCUGCGUUAAAACUUCUAAAAAUUGAGCGUGUCAAACAAUAUGACUAUUGUCUUCCUUACCUUCAGCCACUAAAAGCUGAUGAAGAUGAGGAUGAUACAGUUGUUAACAUAAUGUUUCCUUUAGAACCUCCGAUCGUCUGUGAUUUUGAUUGGGAGAUGGAUGAUCUUGAGGAAUUUACUGGUGAACUCAUUUCAGAGGAAACAUUACCAGAAGAUAAGAAAGAUGAGUUUAAGGAGUUUGUGAAGGAGCAAGUUAGAGAAAGGAGGAAAUCUCAGCGACUGGCAAAGGAAGCCAGGAAAAAAAAUAUAGAAGAUAUGGAUCCGGAGACAAGAUCUGCUUUUGAGAAUAUGAAGUUGUACAAGUUUUACCCUGAUCAAACAUCAGACAUACCUGACAUUAGCAAAGUAAAGGUAUCAUAUAUAAACAGGUACUAUGGAAAAGCUCAUUUUCUGAGGUAGAUUCAGUCUUCGGUCUCUGCAAUGUAUUUGCAGGUUGGAUCUCACACUGACGUGGCCGAUAAACACCAGCCUGCUUCUAGUGGAUCAGCUGAAGCCUCAAAAUUUCAGAUGACAUAAAAAGGUCAAGUCUCUCAAAAGUUGCCUUAGUAUAUGAAUACCGACUGAUUCUUUCUCUUAAGUUGUGAUUGAUGGUUGAGAAUUUUGACUGGUGUUUGUGAUCCGUUUGAAUUGUAAUUAAUCUCCUUCUUCUUAGGAGGGCUUUCGUCCAAUUAUUGCUGUGGUGCCUCGAGUUUGGAAGUGGGUAUCGACCGUCACAUUGUCAUGGUCCAGGCAUGGAAUCUAACUUUUGUCCUGCCCUAUUGAUGUCUUCCAUUUGGUCGCAUGUCAUUGUCUCUGCUCGAUUCUCUUCAACAUUUCUUUCUCGAACAAAUAGAUUGAACUUGUUUAAAGUCUUUUAGUUUGACCUUUGUGUCGUGUUUCAGACUUGAAAACUAGUGACAUAUAUAUGAUUCAUUCUCGAAGGAACUACCUACCUUCUUUUUUGAAUUACCUAAAUCAUUAAUUCUCCUUUAAUAAGAGGGGAAGCUUCUCGAUGGGUUUUAGAUACGCUCAAAGCAGGCAGGCUUAGAAGGUGACAAUUGUCAUAAGCCUACUGACAGAUUCUAGCUUAUUCUUAGGAAGUAGUUAGUUAAUUUAAAGACCAGCUAACUAUAUAAAAUUUGCAAGUGUUGAUAGGCUUGUACCGACCGCCACCCUUAUUCUUUCAUAUAUUUUUUGUCAUGUGAUGAGAUGUGAUGGGAAGAAUCAGAAUCCCUUUUCUUUCUCUUGUCAUUCUAAAAGAAGAUACCCGGUGGAAGGGGUAGAUUUUUUGUUUGAUUUAUUGAUGACAAAUAAAUAUACACAAGGCAUGCCAGAAAACUUAGAUACGUUAGUAUUAUAGUUGGAUGAAAUUUUAAGCAUUAACCAGAUCAGAUCAGAGUUAUUUAUUAUCUUCGUAGAGUUUUGUAGCAAGCAAAAUGAAAUUAUCUUCUACUUCAAUUGAUUGCUCUUCUUUUUUUUUUGUGUGUAUUCUCCAUUGACUUUUACUGUGUACACACCAAAUUAUGCAAACACAACAGUAUACAUAAGAAGGAUGUCAAAGGAUGCAACAGUUAGAAGCAUCAGCAUAUGUCCACACUGUGUUUUGGAGCUGGUCGCUCUCUCUCUCUUUCUUCGUUGCGUAUGGUUUACCCAUCUCAACAAGAACCUUUGCCGUGUUGGCUUUAUGUCCGCGUCAAACAGCCGUCCCACCUCUUCGACAUUCCCCCCCUCCUUUCUCGGCUUUAAAGACGAACUCCCCCCAACCCAAAGCCUUCCUCAAGGGCCUUUCUACUCUUCACACUAGGGCAUCCAUGAAGGGGAGGAGGAGCCGUCACCACUUGGGCACCGGCGGCAGCCACCACCAGCUGGUGUCGGACGACGAGUCGGGGCACGCCUCGGACUCGUCCCCCAAAGAGCAAGAUCGCUUCCUGCCCGUCGCCAACGUGAGCCGCAUCAUGAAGCGGUCGCUGCCGGCCAACGCCAAGAUCUCCAAGGAGGCCAAGGAGACGGUGCAGGAGUGCGUGUCGGAGUUCAUCAGUUUCAUCACCGGGGAGGCCUCCGACAAGUGCCAGCGCGAGAAGCGGAAGACCAUCAACGGCGACGACCUCCUAUGGGCCAUGACCACGCUCGGCUUCGACAGCUACGUCGGCCCCCUCAAGGCCUACCUCAACAAGUACCGAGAGACGGAGGGGGAGAAGAACCUCAUGGCCCGCCACGGCGAGCCCCCCUCCAAUGAUCCCGACGACGCCUCCCCCGCCAUCCCUUCCUUCGCCGCGUCCGGAUUCUACUCCGUCGGCGAAGCCUGGGAUCAACGAAAGAAGUAGAACACACUGCUCUCUCUCUCUCUCUCUCCAUGUGUGCAGCUCUCUGCAUUCCCCAGCCGCAGAAGCUUUACUCUCGUCUUGCUUCCUUACCUUACCAAUGGUAGUAGUAGUAGUAGUAUUGCUUUA